AUGGUUCCACCCAACACGACCGCGCUGACGCCCGUCCUGACGGCGCUGUGGCAGCUGGGGACGGUGGCGCCGGGCGGCAACGCGUCGGGCGUGUCGCGCAGGUCGCCGCGCGGCGAGGACGGCCAGCUGGCCGCGCUCUACAUCCUCAUGGUGCUGGGCUUCUUCGGCUUCUUCACCCUGGGCAUCAUGCUGAGCUACAUCCGCUCCAAGAAGCUGGAGCACUCCCACGACCCGUUCAACGUGUACAUCGAGUCGGACUCCUGGCAGGAGCAGGACAAGGCGUACUUCCAGGCGCGCGUCCUGGAGAGCUGCAAGGCGUGUUACGUCAUCGAAAACCAGCUGGCGGUGGAGAGGCCCCGCACGCACCUCCCCGAGAUAAAACCGCGCUCCUGA